AUGCUGACAAAAGCAUUUCAUUUUAAUAUUUUGAAAAAAUUUACUAAGUCAUUUAUAGUAGAGGCGGAAAAGUUGGUAAAGCUUAUAGACGAAGAAGUUGGAAAAGAACAGACGGAUGUAUUGAAGAUGCUUAGCAAUACGACACUGCGUAUUUUAUGUGAUACAGCAAUGGGAUUUUCUGACCUCGAUAAUAUGCAAUCUUCAUUAGACUUAUAUAUGGAUGGCCUACGAGUUCUGGGCCAAUGUUUAAGCAAAAGAUUCGCUAAAGUAUGGUUACAUUAUAAACCAAUAUAUGAAUGCACUAACAUUGCAAGAGAAGAGAACCAAGCCAUCUCAAAAUUACAUAAUUUUACUAAUACUGUCAUUAGAAACCGAAGGAGAGAUUUUCAAGAAAAUUUAAAAAAAAAUGAUACGGAAGGGAACUAUGAAAAUAAUGAAAAAUUUGCAAUGCUUGAUUUGCUUUUGCAAAAUGAAAAAGAUGGCCUAAUUGACAACGAUGGAAUUAGAGAAGAAGUAGAUACCUUUACGUUUGCGGGUCACGAAACAACUGCUGUAGCAAUGACUUUUAUGAUGAUGGCCCUGGCAAAUGAACCUGAGAUACAAGAUAAAAUUUAUGCAGAAAUGCAGCAGAUUUUUGGCGAUUCUGAUCGUUCACCCACGUCGCAGGAUUUGAGCGAUAUGAAAUACUUGGAAUGCUGUAUUAAGGAAUCGAUACGUCUGUAUCCUAGUGCACCGUUGAUAAUGAGACAUUUGACUAAAGAUACGGUUUUAAGUGGCUACACUAUUCCAGCUAAAAGUUCGUGCUGCAUUUGUAUCUAUGACAUACAUCGUCGUGCCGAUUUAUUUCCCGAACCAGAACGUUUUAUUCCAGAAAGAUUCUUACCAGAAAAUAGCAAAACAAGACAUCCGUUCUCCUAUAUACCAUUUAGUGCUGGGCAUCGAAACUGUAUAGGUCAAAAGUAUGCUCUACUGGAACUGAAAGUUGUAAUAUCUAGAAUUAUUCGUAAAUUUCGAUUGGAACCUGUAACAAAACCAUCAGAUGUGAUCUAUAUUACCAAUAUGGUGUUAUGUAGUAAAAGUCCCGUUUAUGUCAAAUUUUGUUCAAGGAAG